AUGGAUCCUUUUGAAAAUUAUGAAGUAGAAGAAGAUAAUAAUAAUAAUGAUGAUGAAAAUCCAUCAGAUAAUGAAAAUGAUAAUAAUAACAAUAAUAUAAAUAAUGGCAAUAGUAGUAGUAGUAGUAGUAAUAAUAAUAGAUCAGUAAUAUCAAAGAAACCAGCAGCAGUUUCGAAAAUCAAUUUUUUAAGUACAAGAGGUGCAAGUAAAUCGUCGAUCGAUGAAAAUGGUGUGGGUACUUCAGCAUCUAGCGGUUCAAAAGAUGUAAAAAGAGGACCAAGAGAUAAGGAUUUAUCCUAUGAGGACGAUGAUUUUGAUAGCUACUACAGUAAAACAAGUGAUCUAGCUAACGGAGGUAGUCAACCACUAUCGUCGUCGGCUGCAUCCGCUAUUCCGAACGAAGGUAUCUACAUCUGGGGUACCAACAUCAAAGUCAGUGAUGUUCAAGUCAAAUUCAGAGUAUUCAUAGAGUCAUUUACAAUUCAAAAGCCAACUUCAACCAUUUCAAAUAAUAACAACAACAACAAUGAUAAUAGCGAUAAUGAAGAGGAGGAGGAAGAGGAAGAAGAUGAAAUGGAUAUAGAUGGCAGUGGUGUAAGGAAUAAGAAUAAUAAAGGUGAAGUCAUUAUAUUAUAUUUAGAUAUGUUAAGAAUGUUAAAAGAGAAUAAGAGUAGACAUUUAAAUAUCAAUAUGACCUAUGUCUAUCAGUUUGAUCAAUCGCUCUAUUACAUUUGGGUCAGAUACCCAAAUGAAAUGAUACAACUCACGGAGCAGGAGAUCAACAACAUCUUUACAACCAUCUAUCCAGAGGUACUAGACGAAGUUACUGGUGUACUCACUGAUCCAAUCGAACUACAUCCAUUCAACCUUAAAACAACGAAACCAAUGCGUCAAUUGAAUCCUUCAGAUAUCGAUCAAAUUAUUUCGAUUAGAGGAUUGAUUAUUCGAACAAGUCCAUUGAUUCCAGAGUUAAAGACAGGUUUCUUUCAAUGUUCUGUGUGUAACUUUACGGUGGAGACAGAAGCAGUCAAGCAAAAGAUUGUAGAACCAACAAGAUGUCCGAAUCAAAACUGUAAGAUUCUAUCUAGUAUGAAGUUGGUUCACAAUCGUUGUUCUUUCUUUGAUAAGCAGUUUAUCAAGUUACAAGAGACACCCGAUGCCAUCCCAGAGGGUGAGACACCACACACCGUAUCUAUGUUUGUAUACCGUGAUCUUAUCGAUAUCGGUAAGCCAGGUGACCGUGUAGAGAUUACCGGUGUAUUCAAAGCAAAUGCAUCAAGAGCAAGCGGUACAACCAAAUCACUUAGAUCUAUCUAUAAAACAUAUAUUGAUGUAUUGUAUAUAAAGAAAACAGAUAAAGGUAGAAGACAUGAUGAUAUAUCGGUAUUGAGUCAAUUCAAUUCAGAGUUGGCGGAUAUCGAUGAGUUUAGAGUGAGUGCAGAGAGAGAAGCAGAGCUACUGAGUUUGUCAAGACGAAAGGAUAUCUACGAUCUGUUGACAAGGUCGUUGGCACCGAGUAUCUGGGAGAUGGACGAUGUAAAGAAGGGUAUUCUCUGUCAGUUGUUUGGUGGUAGCAACAAGCAGGGUCUGGGUGGAAGUAAGAUUCGUGGCGAUAUCAAUAUCUUGAUGUGCGGUGAUCCCGGUACCAGUAAGUCGCAGAUGUUGUCGUUCGUCCACAAGAUUGCACCGCGUGGUAUCUACACGAGUGGCAAAGGUAGUUCUGCUGUCGGUCUGACUGCCUACAUCACGCGUGAUCCAGACACGCGUGAAACCGUGUUGGAAUCGGGUGCGCUGGUCUUGUCUGACGAGGGUGUCUGCUGUAUCGACGAGUUUGACAAGAUGUCCGAUCACACCAGAUCGAUCCUUCACGAAGUGAUGGAACAACAAACGGUGUCCGUAGCGAAAGCCGGUAUUAUCUGCUCGCUCAAUGCGCGUACCAGUAUUCUGGCGUCGGCCAAUCCCAAGGAGUCGCGAUAUAAUCCGCGAAUGUCCGUCGUGGAGAACAUUCAGUUGCCACCGACUUUGUUGUCGCGUUUCGACUUGAUCUACUUGGUACUGGAUAAAGCCAAUGAGAGACACGAUCGUAUGUUGUCGCGACACAUCGUUUCGCUCUAUUGGAAUGAGAAUCCCGCACCGCAAUGGACGAUUCCCCGAGACAUGAUGACCGACUACAUCAGUUAUGCGCGCAAGAAUAUCAAUCCUAUCAUCCAAGAGGACGCUGGCGAACUGCUGGUUAAAGGUUAUCUCGAGAUGAGAGCUCAGGGCGGUGGAAGAACGAUCUCUGCAACGCCAAGACAACUAGAGUCACUGAUACGUACCAGUGAAGCGCAUGCCAAGAUAAGAUUCUCGCCUGUGGUGGAGCCAGUCGAUGUAACAGAGGCUAUCCGUUUGGUGAGGGCUGCACUUCAGGUGUCUGCAACCGAUCCGACCACCGGUACAAUCGAUAUGGAUAUGAUCAACACUGGACGAUCGUCGUCGCUGCGUAUGGAGAUAGAAGCACUCAAGGAAGCUAUUCUCGGAAUGAUGGGUGCUCGUACAACACCCUGGACACAGGAACAACUAUUUACACAAGCAAAAGCAUUUAGCAAACCCAACGAUAACAAACCAGCGUUUUCAAAUAUUUCACAAGAUGAACUACUCGAUGCACUCAACCAACUCUGUCAAUCCGAGGAAAUCAAGGUUACAAAGGGUAUCAAUCCCACUUAUAUUUUAAUGACUAAAUAA